AUGUCAGAAAAUGCGGUGAGAAGAAAACUAGUCAUAAUAGGCGAUGGUGCAUGCGGUAAGACGUCUCUUCUGUAUGUGUUCACGCUGGGCAAAUUUCCCCAGGAGUACCAUCCUACGGUGUUUGAGAACUAUGUUACAGAUUGCCGAGUGGACGGAAUAAAAGUUACACUAGCUCUGUGGGAUACGGCAGGUCAGGAAGAGUACGAGCGGUUGCGACCUUUCUCGUACUCGAAAGCUAAUAUAAUACUAAUAGGAUUCGCUAUUGACGACCCAGAUUCACUGCUGAAUGCGCGCACCAAAUGGACAGAGGAAGCUCUUCGUUACUGUCCAGAUUCGCCUAUCAUUCUAGUUGGUCUCAAGAGCGAUUUGCGCAAGACCACUUCCACUCGUCGCUUUGUGCGGCGCGAAGAAGCCGAAAAAGUGGCCCUCGCAAUAGGAGCGAAAAGGUACAUGGAGUGUAGUGCCCUUGAUGGCAGUGGAGUAGACGAUGUUUUUGAGGUUGCCACUAGAACCAGUCUGCUUGUCAACAGGCAGCCAGGAAGAAGUUGCUGUGUCGUGGUAUAG